CACGGUGGUGGUCGGCACCGUCGACGGAGGUGGUGGUGGGCUCAGUUGCGCAGAGAUAUUCAUGCCCGAAAGUCCGUCGUCAUUCCGACGACCGGUUAUACGGAUAGUCGUAUCAUGUUUAUACCGAUCGCGUACCGUCUCACGGAGCGGAGUAACCCAAGCCGAAGGAUCGUUUCGAGGGGUGACUAGGUGCGGGAUAUUUAGUCCGUGAAAACUUCCAAGGAUACAAGAAAAAAAGAGUCGAGCAAACCGCGACAACGCGAUAGGAAUAUACCGUAAGAGUGAAAUAUACGGCGUCGAGACGCGGGGGGGUAAGAUGAGGUCGGUGGAGGGAGGGUAGCGAAAAAGUGGGACAUUAGCGGGAGAGCGAAAUUGAUACGACAUGUGAAACCGGUGAGGUGCGAGCAAGAAACGAGAUGUGGCGUUUCGCGCUGGUGCUGGUGGUCGUCUUUGGUUGCUGCCACGCGUGUCCCGAGUACUGCGAGUGUCACCAGCUACCGGAUCCGGAAGACCUGGCUGCCCUCCUGGAGGCGACUUGCCUGGGAAAUGUCCCGAGACUGGUCGAUCUCUCGUCGACGACGCGACGACUGAGGAUAAUCGGAGCAAACGAGACGGAGAUCCUGGGCCUCCUCGAGGAACUCGCGAACGGCACGACGCCGCUACCGUACCUCGAUGAAUUUCACUUCACCAACUGUUCCCUGAGGGUGUUGAACUCGUCGACGUGGUUCGCGGGACUCGAGAGAGCCAGGAUGCUGAAUAUUUCGCGAAACGAUUUGCCCGAUCUCGAGGACAUGCGAAGGACGGAGGGUGGUCAAGUGAACAUGAGCAACCUCGCGGUCCUCGACGCGUCUAAUAACCUAGUGAGUAACCUGAGUGCCGACACCUUCGGAACACUUCCGGUUCUCUUGCGACUGUGCCUGAAGGGAAACGGUAUUGGGAGUGUCGACGCGCGAGCUUUCGCCGGUCUCGGUCUCCUCGAGGAGCUCGACCUCUCCGACAACGAGCUCACAUCCAUACCCGAGACUGCGCUGACGCCGCUCGAAUCCCUCGAGAAGCUCGACUUGAGCGGAAACCAGCUGGAGGUGCUCGGCGCCGGGUGGUUCGAGAGCUUGGGGAGACUGCGUGAGCUCGACGUUUCGCGUAACGGUUUGUCACGCGCGGCUUCCGGCGCCCUUCAGCCGCUUCCGGGACUCUCGGUGCUGAGAUUGGCGGGUAACCCGUUGCGUGAACGCGACGUUUCGCUGUUGUUGGGUACGGGUAGAAAACUGGAGACGGUCGACGCGUCGAGAACGGGGCUGAUCCGGGUCCCGGCAGCGCUGACGCGGUCCGUCCGCGCUCUGAGACUGGCGGGAAACAGACUGACGUCGAUACGAGACGGCGACCUGGACAGCUACCCGCUGCUCCGUCUUCUCGACAUGUCGGACAACCGACUGACGGACGUCGAGGAAGACGCGUUGGGCCGACUCGAGGCCCUCCAAGUGCUCGAUCUGUCCGGUAAUUUAUUAACCAAAGUGCCGCGUAGCCUCCCCGGAAGUUUGUCCUUUCUGAACCUCGAGCGAAACCGCAUCGAUACACUGAGAUUCAACGACCUUCUGGGACUCUACAACGUGCGCGAAUUGUCUCUAGGCAAGAACUCGAUCGUCGAGAUCCAGGAGGGAGCGUUCGGUCAGCUGAUCGCCCUGGAGGUGCUCGACGUAUCCGACAACCCGAUGAACCAGCUCCCGGCGAACACUCUCAACGGUCCGACGCACCUCGGCACCCUCCGGAUGUCGGGGCUGACCGCCCUCAAGUGGGACCAGCGAGACCAGGGCGACAUGACGUUUCCGGUUCCGGCACCCGAGAGGCUCGUAGACCUGGACGUGUCGAGGAGCCCGGUAUUGGCCGCUCAGCUCUUGGCCGACACGGCGGCCUUGUCGGCGUGCAAGAGUCUGCUCAGACUCAACCUCGAGAGCGCGAAUCUGACGAGCGUCAGGUCGGACCUCGUCUACUUCGUGCCUCAGCUUCGAGUCCUGGGACUCGGCGGUAACCCGUGGAACUGUACCGAUGAAAUUUACUGGCUCGGUGAAUGGUUGAGAAAUCACGAGGAGCGUGAACCCCUGGCAAAAUGCACGCGCGGAAUACACGUCCGCGAGUUGCCCUCCCCACCGAAGCCGGAGGCGACGUCGUCGAGAAGCGUCGCGACGCCGCAGGAGUCGAACGUAGCGACGUCUUCCCACCCCCUGACAACCGAAGCAGUAAACAUCACCACGGAGUUGUUUCUGCGGUGGGAAACGGAGGGUGAAAAUACAACCCUGGGAGAAGAAUCGACGUCGGUCAAGGUCACGCGAAGUUCAUCCUCAUCGCCCGGAAGACUGAGCGCGUCCUCGAUUCUCCUCAACGUUUCUCACCGGCUCGCGCCGCUCCGCAACCGAGCGCCAAGCACCCCGAGACCAACGAAUACCCUGCAAAUCAGAGUCGAGAAACUUCCGGCGAACGGAAGUUCGACGACGAACGCUACGCGGUAUGAGGAUGUGAAUGAGGAUGAGAAAGUGGAGGUGGAGAAGGAGGAGGAAGAGGAGCCGAGAAAGGGCGGAAGGGAGGCGAACACGGUCGCCGAGGAACUCAGCGGACGGGCGACCGACUCCGGGGCGCGAAUCUCGGAGGGUUUAUCGGCGGGGGCGCAUCCGGGGAUGCUCGUCCUGGUCGGAGCGGCUCUCGGGGCGGUUGUCGCCCUCUCGGUGGUUCUUUCGCGUCGCGCGACGGCCAGAAGAAGAGACUGCUGCUACGAGCGUCAGGAGAACAUAGAGGUCCACACUCUGACACCGGUAACGGAACUCUGGUGAUCCUCGUCGCGGGAUGGACGAUGGCCGACGACGACGACGACGACGACGACGAAGAUGUUCGGAGAUCCGUGAUCGGUUAUUUCUACGCCGAACGGACGGUGUGUCAAUCGACAAUAAUGCAGUGUCGAGAACGGGGGACGAUGAGGAGGUACAAGUAAUAAAUAACGCGCAGGGUUGGACCUCGACAAGGAGAAGGCGAAAUCACGCACGGUGUUACAAGAGUUCAAAUUAUAAUUGUGUCCGUUUGAAAAGGUACUAUGUAUACAUUGCACGUAUAAUCCAUACGGUAUGAUGACGAUGGUAUAGUGGAGGUUGUCGUAUUUAUUUGACGAAUUGGUACGAAUCGAGUGUUAUAAUAAUAAUAAUAAUGCGAGGGUGUAUUACAUGUGUGCGAAUGCAACCAGAAAGAUGAAUCGAUCGAAUGAAAUAUAAAAUUGUUUUAUUACGCGUCGUGUGAGAUAAGUACAAGUAUAAGUUCUACUCGGAGACCAAUCCUGCAUAACAAAUUUGGAAAAAAAAACGAAAAAAAAAAAACAAAAUAAACAUUUGUACAGAAACGUUCUUGCUUCGAGGUUUUUAUCCAUCGUUCUUAUUUUUCAAAAUAAAAGACGGUUUUGCCAACCCCCCCCCCGCCAA